GGGCGGGGCGGGAGCCGCCUGUCUGAGCGCCGCGGCGGGUCGCGACCACCGCAGCCAUGGCACCCAAGAAGAAAGGGAAGAAAGGGAAAACCAAAGGUGCCCCGAUUGUUGACGGGCUUGCUCCAGAGGACAUGAGCAAGGAGCAGGUGGAGGAGCAUGUCAGCCGCAUCCGUGAGGAGCUGGACCGGGAGCGUGAGGAGCGUAACUACUUCCAGCUGGAGCGGGACAAGAUCCACACCUUCUGGGAGAUCACGCGGAGGCAGCUGGAGGAGAAGAAGGCCGAGCUGCGGAACAAAGACCGGGAGAUGGAGGAGGCUGAAGAGAGGCACCAGGUUGAGAUCAAGGUGUACAAGCAGAAGGUGAAACACCUGCUGUAUGAGCAUCAGAACAACCUGACGGAGAUGAAGGCCGAGGGCACUGUGGUCAUGAAGCUGGCGCAGAAGGAGCACCGCACGCAGGAGGGAGCACUGCGCAAGGACAUGCGGGCGCUGAAGGUGGAGCUCAAGGAGCAGGAGCUGGCCAACGAGGUGGUGGUGAAGAACCUGCGGCUGAAGCACACGGAGGAGAUCACCAAGAUGCGGAAUGACUUUGAGAGGCAGGUGCGAGAAAUUGAGGCCAAGUAUGACAAAAAGAUGAAGAUGCUUAGGGAUGAGCUUGACCUGCGGAGAAGGACCGAGAUCCACGAGGUGGAGGAGAGAAAGAACGGCCAGAUCAACGCGCUGAUGCGGCGGCACGAGGAGGCCUUUACGGACAUCAAGAACUACUACAACGACAUCACCCUCAACAACCUGGCGCUCAUCAACUCCCUCAAGGAGCAGAUGGAAGACAUGCGCAAGAAGGAGGACCACUUGGAGAAGGAGAUGAUGGAGGUGUCCGUGCAGAACCGGCGCCUGGCAGACCCCCUCCAGAAGGCUCGCGACGACAUGAAUGAGAUGCAGAAGAAGCUGGGCAGCUACGAGAGGGACAAGCAGAUCCUGCUGCGCACAAAAGCACGUUUGAAGGUCGCGGAGAAGGAGCUGAAGGACCUGCAGUGGGAACAUGAGGUGCUCGAGCAGCAGUUCGUCAAGGUGCAGCAGGAGCGGGAUGAGCUGUACAGGAAGUUCACGGCGGCCAUCCUGGAGGUGCAGCAGAAGGUGGGCUUCAAGAACCUGGUUCUGGAGCGGAAGAUGCAGGCACUGAGUGCUGCCGUGGAGAAGAAGGAGGCACAGUUCAAUGAGGUGCUGGCAGCCUCCAACCUGGACCCCACGGCGCUGACCCUUGUGUCCCGCAAACUGGAGGACGUUCUAGAAUCAAAGAACAGCACCAUCAAGGACUUGCAGUAUGAGCUGGCCCGGGUCUGCAAGGCCCACAACGACCUGCUGCGCACCUACGAGGCGAAGCUCCUGGCCUUUGGGAUCCCUCUGGACAAUGUGGGCUUCAAGCCUCUGGAGACAGCUGUGAUUGGGCGGACGCUGGGCCAGGGCCCUGCAGGACUCGUGAGCACCCCAACUUAGCACCUGCCCGGGACUGCUCCCCAGAUGACCUGCUCUUUCACCAAGGACAGGGGCUGUUGGUUUUUUAGAUUUGUAUUGUCUGCCAAUGAAGGUUUUCUACAUUU